GCUCCGCAUUAGUGCUGGCGUACCGAGCUCCACUAAAUGUCAAAUCAAGCAGCAAUUUCACGCGCGUCUGACGUCAACAAGGGCGAAGGAAAAUAAACUUCGCGCACACUUCGGGAGAAACCAUUUUCGCCAACGCCGUUUUUUUCUCCUUCCGCGUAGAGAGGAGGAGAGCCCGCUGAUAUAGGCAUGCUCAGCUGAAGCGUCCUGCAGCCUCUGACGCUGGGCGCAGGCGAACUGCGACGGCCGCGCCAAACGAGCUCCAGUGAUGGCCUCUGCUGAGCAGCUGUGUCCCCGCCUGCUGCACCAGCACUGCCCAUAGGCCACACACACACACACACUUACACACGCCUUUGGGCUCCCUUUCCAACUCUGUCCAUACACACACACACACACACACACACACAUCAUGUACAGUGUGGAGGACCUGCUGAUCUCUCAUGGAUACAAACUGCCCAGGAGCGGCCCUGCCUCCUCCUCUUCCUCUGCGCCUUAUGACAAUCGAAACAACGAAUGUCGUCGUGAUAAUGUAGAGAACCGGCCUGCUGGAGGUGGAGGUGGUGGAGGAACUCUGAAUGGAUUUGGGACAACGGAGGGGGGAGCAGAAGCAGGCACGGGGGUGUACAGGCCGGCGCCCGUGAAAGCUUACCCAGAGAACAACAACAACAUUAAUGAGGGCCAUGAAAGAAUUCAGCGGAGAUUGGAGGUGCCUGUUGCUUUUCUUGGUGACCUGCAACCUCUGGGUGACUCUCUAGCUACGGACAGUGGGUUCUAUGAUGCUCCCAGCCUGACGUUCUCGGAACAUGCAGAUGAGCGAGAUAUUUCAUUCUGGAGAAGGAGGGGGCAGGACUUCAGUGCUCUAUUGGACUAUGCUGAUCCCAGGGAACUCAGAGUGUCUGGAGGAUUGUGGCGAGGUCCAGUAUUAGCUGUUGAGGAGCUGAGGGCUGAGAGGCCACUGGCACGCUGGGAGGAAGGCCCAUGGAUACGGGAACCUAUAGACUCAGGCCCAGAGACUCUACGUGUGACUGGAGAGAGAAAAUGCCAGAGCCUGGGAACAGAGGAGUGGCGCCCUGCAGUGGGCUUGGGCCGGCAACUUUCAGAUGGGGAGGCUGAACAUUGGUCUCAGGAGCAGCAACACCGUCUGCGACCAGCAGAGGGCAAUGUGUCCGCCACAGUGCGAGCCAAGUCCCAGUCGCUCCCUCGAGUUCUUUCCCCAGAAGAUCCCCACUAUGGAGAACUGCCUCAAACUGGUGCCCCAAAUCACCCCCCUACACAAAGAAGCAGCAGCUCUGCUCCAUAUGGUCGAUACCACAGUGAAUGGCCAGCAGGGGAAAGGUGGAGUGGUCAGACGCAAAGUCAUGCUCCUUCUGCAGUUGUACCAAAGCCACGGUUCAGCCGCCCUGUCAAGCCCCCGUCCUAUGAGACUCACCAGCAAAACAGGGGGAGCUGGGAAACGUUGUCCUCUGAACCUGUGUCCAAACCCAGAGACCGCUCAGUGUGCUUCUCUCAGAGUUUUGAACCACUCAGAGACCGGUCUGGUUGUUAUUCUCAGAGUGCAGAGCCUCUAAGAGAUCGGUCCAUUUGCUUUUCACAGAGUGCAGAACCAAUUCGAGACCGCAUGCUGAGCCACUCUCAAAGUGCUGAACCACUAAGAGACAGAUUUGUCAGUCAUUCACAGAGUGCGGAACUACUGCGCGAUCGUUUUUUCAGCCACUCGCAUAGUGCCGACCUUUUACGGGACCGAUCCCUUUGUUACUCUCAGAGCUCAGAACUGCUACGAGACCGGUCCAUUUGUUACUCCCAAAGUGCAGAGCUCCUGAGACCAGAAUCAUAUAGGACAGAUCUAUUUUACCAUGAACUGACUGGUAUGGAGCCCCCUGGUUACAUCCCACCCCCUUCCUACAGGAGAUUCCUGCCACCCAGGAGUGGACAGAACUACCGAGCGGAUUCUGCUCUUGUAAGAUGGAAACGUGAGCCUGUGAGUGCGGAGAUGGGCCAGUGGUUUUCCAGGACUUCAGGAUUGUCAUGGUCAGAACGACGUGAAGACAGGAGCAUGGCAGUAGUUCCAAGAAGGCCUGUGCAUCCAGGGCCUGUCGUACCUAGCCGUCCAGGACUUGUGCAGUAUGUCCCAUUUGAAGACCCGCGUAUCAGGCACGUCUCAGGGGGGCCCUGUGGAAACUCGCUCACAGACGCGGACAAGAUCCGACAUGUCAACAAAGAGCUUCCCUGCGCUGCAACUUUAGGACAAUCCACACAUGAUAGUGCCUUUCUCCCUUCACAGGGACCGAGUCUUAGCACGGACACCAACAAACCGGCUCUAACUGAACAGGAGAACACUAACCGCUGGCACAAGGGGAUGAACAAAGGCAGUGAAACUGUAGCACCUGACCAGAGCUGUGCCAAGUACCCCCCAGCCUUUCAGCUCAGACCCCUACAACCAAUCAUUAAAACAGACAGAAAUACAGAUCAACAGACUAGAGCAGACAGAAUCACUGACCCAGCCAAGGUUGAGAGAGUAAUAGAGCCGGUCAAACUUGAGAGAGGUGCUGAACAGACAAAAACAGACCAAGUCAAAGUAACAGAGCAAGUGAAACCAGAUCGAGGUACAGACCUGAUCAAAUUAGAUAAGCCUACAGAACAAGUAAAGCCAGACAGGUUUACAGACAAACAAGUCAAGGUGGAAAGAUUAACUGACCAGAUACAAGUAGACAGAAUCCCAGAUCAAGUCAAAGCCGACAGGUAUACGGACAAACAAAUUAAGCCUGAGGUCAAGGCAGAGAAAAUCCCUGAAAAGCCCAUAAAAGCAGACAGAAUUUCAGACAAGCAAAGUAAAGCUGAACGACUCUUAGAGAAGCACUUGAAGAUCGAUAGAAUUUUAGAAAAACAACUUAAAGCAGAUAAACUGUUAGAAAAACAGUGUAAAUCUACAGACAAGUUGAUUAAGGGUGACAAGCAGGCUAAAGGAGAUAGCAGUACAGACCAGAUCAAAUCUGAGAAGAUCACUGACAAGUCUGGAAAGGCUGACAAAUCCAUGGAUAAAGGUUCUUCAGAGAGUGUUUCAACUGUGAAGACAGAACCAGUCCAGGAACCCGAGAAAAAGAGCGUGAAAAAGAAACUCAGUGAGACUAUCUUCUGCCUUGUCUCUGUGCCACUUUCGCAGUCCAGUGCAAAAUCUCGAGAUCAAAACAACAACGAAGAGAAAGAACCAGACUCUCCUCCAAUUCCUCCUCCUCCUCCACCAAGUUCCUCCAGCGAAAACAGCAACACCCUCGGCUCCCUGCCAAACCAAAGCCUCAAAAGCACAUCCACCACCUCCACUGACUUAGAGCUACAAGCACUCACACUUGGCAGUGGGACCAGUAGCAUAGCCACAAGGAGAGCUCAUCGCAGAAGGAACUCACGCUCUAGGAUCAUUAAGCCAAAUCCACAUGAUGAGCUCAGACGGUAUUCUGGGGCUUGGCCAGGGGACCAGUACCGUGAUCAGGAGACCCAAACGAGCCCUGAGCCCACAAAGAGCAAUGCAAUUCAAGGCCCCGCCAAUACAGAAGCACAAGAUGCUCCUGCUGCCCCAGAGGUAACAGCUCCUGCUGAGACUACAUCGGUGGCUCCAGGGGCUGCCCCAGGGGCCAUUGGGACUUCGUCAGCUCCACCGGCUCCAUCGGUUCCAUCGGUUCCAUCAGUUCCACCAACCCCAGCAGCUCCACCAGCUUCAGGAGCUCCUGACCCCAGCACCCCUUACGGGUAUCCCAUGAAGGGCCAGAAAAGCCUAAAACCAUCCAGCAACAGUGCUUUUUCACGGACAGGUACCUUCUCCAAGAGCACAGGUUCUCACAGACCUCCAUUACAUCCCCCGCCACACCCUCCACCCCCACCUCCAAACCAACCUCCAUCUCAACCUCCUCCUCCUCCACCAACACAGCCCCCGGCUCAGUCCCCACCAUCAGAUCUGACUGAAGAAGCAAAGUCAGCCACAGGUCCAAACCCAGAUUCAUUUGGCCAGUUCUUGCUGAAGCCAGUGAGCCGACGGCCGUGGGAUGCCAUCGAGGAUCUUGAGACCAUCAAUAAAGAGGCGCAAGACCAAGCAGGUAAACGCCCCAGCGUGGACCAGUGCAUUGAGGAUCUUAAUGAGGCCUACAAGGAUAUCCUGGAGCUCAGCACUGCCAGCAAUAACCUUCCCAACCGCUCCUCCAUGCAAAUCCCUGACCGCAUCAAGUCCAGGUUAUCUUCAGAGCCACUUGGAAUUCCUGCAACUGCUCUUCGGCCAAGCUUGGUGCCAGGAAGUGACCCAGAAUACCGGGAGGUGAAGAGUGCCUUUUCCCGACCAUCAACUGGGAAGAGUGUGAGCUUCAGCAAACAGCUGAGAGAGGAGAUUUGUCCUGCUCCUCCCCCACCAGAACCGGGCUUCAGAGAUUACAAAACAGUCAUGUCCCAGAUAACCCAACGCAAAGCCUGCAGAUCAGUGAAGCUGGAUAUUCCAGCUCCCAAAGAGACCCAAAGAGAUGAUGAUUUGACUGCACAAACCUCCUCCACCUCUUCCAUGUCAGCCGAGGUCCCGUGGGCAGACAGACAACCCAUGCAAGAUGCGUCCACUCUAACCAGCCCCCCAGACUAUGAGCACAUCUGUCAAACUCUCCAAAUGGCCCGUGAAUCUGGUGCUGUUAGCCGAGCUUCUAUAAAAUCCAAACCGGGAAGUGCCAUGAGUAUUGAAACCCCACAGCAUGUGCCCAUACCUGGUAGGCCUCCUGUAGACUCUGAGCAGCCAUGUUGUUCUUCAGCAUUAGAAGGGAGACAGGAGCCAAUGCCAUUAUUCAGGGAGGAAAGGAGCUCAGGCUUUAGAAGGGUAACAAGCCACACUAACAGGUUCCUUAAUAACAGGGGUGUGCUCUGUAGCCUUGCAACCGGAAAGCCUGUCGGUGACAAAGCAGGUUUAGAGGCUAACCCAGAGGUACCUGCUGACUGGCAGAUGCAGCUUUCAUUAGCUGAAAAGCAUAUUGCUACUCUGAUCACAGGAGAGGGUUCAGCAGAGAACUUUGAUGAGUCAAACAAGGUUAAAGGUGAUCAAGACAUUCCUGGCAGUGAGUCAGUUGAGAAUGAAGUGAGCAACAUUUUAGCCGCUGAAAUGAAAGACGAUCCUGCCAAUGCUGAGCAGAAACAUUCUGAAGUAAAAAAGACAGAAACAGAGCCAACAGAGAGACCUGAAAGCCAACAACCUGAAGUGACAGAGAAAGUGAAUGAAGAGGAAACUUCUAGGGAAAUGGUGCAAACAGAGCCAGAGAAAUGCGAGCAGAAAGACCUUGUUACUGAAGGAACAGAGCAAAGUAAUGAUACAACCUCAGAGGCAAAGAAAGAACCAAAUGUGAUCUUGAGGGCAAAUAAGGCUGCAAUGUGGACUCAUUCAGGUUUAGAUUCAGAGCUACGUCCUGAAUUUCCACCAGAUCACCUUCCCCUUUCUGUACUUCCUACCACGAAUCGUAGAUUAUCUCUAGGGUUGGAUUGGGAGAGGGCUGGGUGGGAAGGGGAAAGUUUGGGCCAAGGUGGAUUCUGGUCCAGAGAGAGGCGGUCCCUUGAUGCAGAGAGAUGGGGUAUUGGUGGAGAGAGAUGGGAUUUAGACAAUGACAGACAGGAAGGAGGUGGUGAAAAACGGGGUCUGGGGGGUUGGCGUGGGUGUGGGAUUGAUGGGCAAGGCACAGAUGAUUCAGACUGGGAAUUAGAUAAAAAUACCCAAGACACUGGCGAAAAAGAGGCAGAUUCAGACACAAAACAGAAAACACUUAAGCCUGAGCAGGGUCUCGAUGAAGAUCACAGCAGUCCAGUCUCUAGCACUGAUCAAAUGGAAAGACAUAAAAAACAAGUUGUUGUUAGCCAAGGCAUUGAUAAGGGCCGGAGUCAAGGUCCAGGUGAAGUUCAGGUGUCAAGUGUAGAUAGACGGAGCCGUGGACUUUCCCAAAGAAUAGAGGCUCUUUUUACAGCCCCGCCCGGGCAUGGCUCAGAGGAGAGACUUGCCCGCAUGAGAGAGGUGGACACUGUCUCACGAAUGAGACGCCUUAGCCUCCGUAGCUCAGACUCUUGGGAUGGACUACAUGGGGUGGGAAGGUGGGGAGAGUAUGGAUGGGAAGAGGAUUGCCCCCUUCCUGGGCCGCAGGAUUCUUCAAACAUUGCAAAGGCAGGGGAUAAAGAAGGCAGUGCCCACCCUGCAGUCACCAGUGAAACUAAAGAAACAAAAGACGACCAGGCAACCCUAAAAGAGUCACAGGAGCCCAGCCAGGUGGAGAGGUCGUAGCUGAACCCUAGAGGUCAUGGGUCAUCCAACUAAGGGCCAGCCUCCAGCACUGUGACCUGGCUGUCUGUUAAAUGCCUUCAUCCUCAUAUGCUAUUGAAACAUCCUCAGACAUUGACACACACAUAUACACACAUAUAUACACAACAUUAGACACAAACACACUGAGCGAUGCAUCUCUCUCUAAUACACACGUCUGUGCAUUAACACACACAAACUGACACACAAACACUCAAAGUCAUUGUCAUGUAUGCAGACGCUCACGUGCAUUCAGAACACAUUUAAACACCUCACCACACUGAGACAUCUGAAAUGGCCUUCUACUCCGACAAGAGCAUUGUGUAUCAACUCCACUCCACGCCCACUCAGUUCCAGCUCUGCUGGCUUUCUAAGUGUUGCUGUUCCACUGCCAGAAGGAGGUUCCCAACAAUGCCCCACCCCCCUUCAUUGGUUCUUUAAAGUUCUCAUCAUGCCCCAUUUUUUAUUAAUUUCUUGCCCUUGUCAUACAUCGUUCCCCUGCAAUUUCUGUAAAAGUUGGUUCGUUGGACUUUAUCUGGUGCGUUACUCAGAAAAAAACAACAUACUGUCUUUUGUAAAAGAAAAAAAUAUUGACUGUUUAAAAGGUAUUACAGAACAAUCGAUGAAGUUUAAAACCAGCUACAAUCUCUUAUACGUCCUACCCCUUGCAAACAACCUCAUAACCUCAAAUCAUCCUCACAACUUUCCUUCCUCGCAUCUUUGCAUGUUCCUUCCCUCAAUCAAUUUUUUAAAAGACCUAAGUCUUCUCAUUAACCUGUCAUUACACUAACCUUGUGUACAUAUUAUUCAUUUCUCCUUCGUCUAGACAGUGUUAUCUCUGCGCACCAAUGUUUUGCUAAUAACUGGCAAUAUAGCUGUUUGUGUAAGUCCUCAUGACACUUACAAUAUCAUCCCACCGGAAUUAACAACGUCCUGUCUCUUUAUUCAAGGUCUUGUGCUACACUUCUUAAUUAGUAUGACCACAAUUGAUUUACACCUUAACCACUCCUUAUUUAUUGAGUUAAUGAUGUCUCCCAACUCACUGAUAUCAUCCCACACUUAGCAUACACUCUUAAAAAUAAAGGUUCUUUAUUGAUAUCAAUAGUUCCAUGAAGAACCUUUACCAUCCAUGGAACUUUUACAUUCUUUAGAUUUUUUAAAUGUUCGUCACACUAUAAAAUAAUGGUUCUUUUAAGAACUGUUCCAAAAUGUACCAAAUGUUUCUUUUAUGGCAUUGCUGCAGAAACCCCCUUUUCGAACUUAUAUUUUUAAGAGUGUGCAUUUGUGUUCUAGCAUUCUUGCUGAAAUGCACUGCUUUAAUUCUGCACUUUAAGCUAACCAUAUCAUAAUACCAUGUCCUAACCAUGUGCGUUUACAGUAUACUUGCAAGGUUUUAAUUUUUCAUAUUUCACCCCAAAAUCAAAUGAAAAAAAAGUUAUUGGUAAAAAAUCAAUCCGUACACACUUGCACCGCCAACUUAAAUUCUGGCAAUAGAGACGGUAAAAGUGGGUGGGUUCAAUAUCAUUGGUCUUCAAAAGUGGAUGGGUCCUGUCCCACCCACAUUCAAUGGUUCCGACGCCCAUGCACAAUACAUUACAAUAACAGCAAUGAGAAAAAAAAAAAAAUGAACAGUUCAGUGCAAUAGCUAUAUGUACGAAUAUGACCAGUUAUUUGUGCCGUCAUCACCCGGAUGUUGAUAGUGUGCAUGCACAUUUGCGUUACCCAAAGUCAUUGCUGGCUAACUAUGGUAGUAAGUUCAAUUGAACUCUUUUGGUAAUGACGAAACUUGCGACCAUAGUUGUUUUUUGCAUCUCUGAACAGCACACAUUGCUAACUGUGUUUAAACAUUGCCAGUUUAAACAUUCAAGAGCCUGUGAGAAGAUUUGUGUCUGCGCUCAUCCGAAGCGCGCAAACCCGCGUCUCAUAGCACGGAGAUAAAUUGAAUUCUCUUUCAAGUCUUGUGCUUGAAUGGACAUAUUCACACACAAAUUAUCUCAACAUACCCAUCUUGAUGACUAUCCUAGCAGACAUAAGCUGCGUUUCUACUACCCUUCAAAUUGCGCAAAUUGAUCAAUGCUUGUGAUUAUGUUUGAAACGGCUCUCCGUGCUAUAUCUGUAAAGAUACACACAUAUGCCUCCUUCAAUUAAAUGUAGCCAAAAUCACACCAAAAUCUGUUGCCAUGACUUAUCGCGAGAGGAAAAAAAAAUGCUUUAGUCGCAUAACAUCGGUUAAUGGAAACGGCGUUAUUCCGCAAUACUUCUUUAUCUACAUUGAUAAAAUAUUGCCAAAGUUUUGCUCAAAUCUGUAUUGGAAACGCACCUAUAGUCGGAUGAACAUACGGUAUUAGUGUACUGGAACCGUGCUGGAAAAGUGACAGCACUUUUUUAAUAUUAAUCAAACAACAAAGACAAGGUAAACACUGACAGCUCUUGUCUCAGUAGCUUUUGUAACUUUAAUAAGGAUUUAUCUUUAAUUUAUACAGUCAAAAAUGCAAUGUUAAUUUACAUUUGAUGUCUUUAUUCAUUUUCUGUACCUAAAAACUCAUGUUAGGCUUACCUAAAAACCUGAAAAGCUCUGUUAGGCUGAUGAUACACGGAGCAACUUUUUGAGCAAUGUGGCUAGACAACUUUGGGCAAUGUUGUCGUUAGUCUCAGCCUCAGACGUCACUCCCACGGAACAAUGGCUAAACGUCUGAUGCAUAUGGCACACUCAAAGUCGUCAUCGGAUUGGUUAAAUUAUACAGGAUUUCUGGGAGAUGUCUGUGUCGGAUUCUUUAAUGUUCCGCCUGGAAAUAAAGAUCCCCAAGCAAGUCCCCAAGCAACAUUGCUCAAAAAAAAGUUGCCCUGUGUGUCAUCAGCCUAAUUUUAACUUGGUCUAUUGUAUUUAUUUGUGUUGUUGCUUAUAGUUAGAUUAUUUGUUCUUAUUUUCUAUAUUUUUAUUGGACAGUAUAGUCCUGUUUCCCUAAACAUAGCAUGUACUGAAACUGUGAUACAAACUGAACCGUGAAUAAUUUGGACUGUUACACCCUUAGUAGAGAGAGAGAGAUUUUGGGAUGACAUAUGAACUGGCCAUUUCUUCAUAAAAGAAGCCCUUGCUUUUAAUUCUUGUUUAUCUUUAUCACAUCCUACCUGGUUGGGACACGGUAUAAUAACUUUCUCCAUGUUCAAGCAGCACCGUGCAUGAGCCAUCUGAGUCACCCCCUUAAAAUCCACCUCCCAAAUCCAUCAGUCCAUCAAGAAACCAGUCCAUGGGGGCAGCCUCUACCCCAUCCUCCCCAGUGAGUGUCGGUCCCGGCAGCCUUUCCUCUGUCGACAUCAUGGAACUCUCUUGUCGUUUGUUGGAACAUGUGGUCCGCUUGUGGAGUGCUUUCAAAGGGUGCGGUCGCCCCUGUGUCCAAUGUGGUUCUGUUUGAGCAGACAUGAAUGUUUUGUAAACGCUUUUUAUAUUGUUUUUUGACUUUACCAAAACCAGUAUGGCAGUUUUACGAGAACUGUUCUAUUUAUUCCUUUUUGUUUCUUCUUCUUCUUUAUGUUUAUGUGUCACCUGAGCUGUUCUGCUCCAAAUCAGGAGUUCCACGCGAGGCGGUAGAAGACGCUCAAUGGCUCUGAACUGUUUUCAUUUUCCGACGAAUCGAUCAAAGAAACCGUAUCGCUCUUGGUUCGAACCCAUAGUGCCCUAUUACCAGAACUUUUCAGCACACUGUAACGUACGUCCCUGAGUGUGAAGAGCUUUGUAUCGAUUAAAACCAGUGGUGUAAUGCAGGUCAAACGGAGACCUGGGUUGGAUGAGCGUUUCAGUAUUUGAUGUAUCAACUUUAAAAAGCACCUUGUUAAACCUAUUUUUAUCGUGAUUGGAUUCAAAGAGAAUUUUUAGCUAUCGAGUGGCCUUUUUGAAACACACCAGUAACGAUAAGCCUAAGGAGUUACUUUGAAACACCACCAAAACGUUUGAUAUCUCAAGUGUCGAAAUGUGCAUCAUGUUUUGAAUGUUUGUCUGAUAUAUCAAAUACCUUAAAUGAUGUUGUGUGACCCAGGUUUCACGCAGGUGCGACUCCGAAUUAGGGAACUAUUUUCAGGCGAUGCAGACUUUUAAAAAAACAGGGUCCAAACGCGAACACAAAGACGCACGUUAGCUACUGUAAUGUUGCGUGUCUAUACCCUAAACCCUAAACCCCAGGUAACUUCGGGAAGCAAUAAAUGCUCACGAGCGUUUUGGUGAACUAAAGCUAAAUGUGUACAGAUAAUGUUAACGGUUAUAGGUAGAUGGUUGCAAAGUAGAGGACAGCUCUAGAUAUGUAAUGAUUUGGAUUAGUUUAGCUGAAAGAUACUCUAUGGUAAUGUGUGAUAUGUAUGGAACAAUUUUAGGAAAAAUGAAACUUCUAAGAUACCAUAUGCUAUGGAAUGGAGAGAUACUUUAUGACAUCAUAAUGCAUGAAAGCUUGAGCAAUAUUGUCCAACACAGAAGCUCAUUGGCUGUAGAAAAUCUGGGAAGCGGGAUGUACUUGUGUUAAAGCGUCAUCUGUUCAAACGUCACUCACAGAAAAGCGUUUAAAGUUGCGUGCAAGCGUGUGAAUGAGCGUGUGCGCGCGUGCAUGUGUGUGUUCGCUUGCUUUUUCCCUGUCAUAGUGCCAUCCAUGUGAUUUUAAAACCAACAACAACAACAACAAAAAAAGGCAUUUCACUGAAUACUUAUUUUUGUUAUCAUUGAAAUUGUUAACCAGUCUGCAUAAUGUAUAAAAUAAAAGUAUAUUUUAAAUAUUUUAAAAGAUAUUUUGUAUUUAACCAUAAUAAUUAAUUUCUUCGCUCUUGGAUCAAGUUGGCAGUAUUAUGUUGCUGUAUAGAAUGAUAAGAAAAUUCUAUAAUUUUCUAGUGCUUAAAGAAAAUAAAGGAAAAAAAUAAUAAUUUAAAGUGAGAGACCUGCAGCAUGUCCCGUUUUGGCUUCUCGAAGUUUAGGGGCUCUCAUUGUGAACAUUGGACAUGAUGAAUUACAGGAUUUUGCUUUUUGAGCUCGUAGUAAAUGCUGCGGCCCACGGUUGAUAUUUGAUGCUUUGUAUAGUUGUAAUGCUCAUUCGAUUUACAUAAACAUCAAAUAACGAAUUUAGUGGCUCCAUUCACAGCUGCCUAGAAACUUGUUACAGCAAAGUGCAUACAACGAGGAAACUGCAACAUUAAAAGUGACUUUGUUUGAUCUUGAUCUCCGUUCAAAGCUAAAUGUGGCCUUAUUUUAUUUGAGCAUUUGUACGUCUUCCAUUCAGAAUCAUGUACUGUUAUCAUCAUGAGCUCGUUUUUCUAUGAAGAAAUGAAAAAGAAGACAAUAAGUAAACAGUCUUUAGAUCACACGCAGCCAAAUAUUUCUUUCUUUCUUUGCAAGUACGAUAAGCUAACGUUUGGAUCGAAAGUAAGAUGUGUAGCACACUGACAGGAUCUGUUCCCUAUUUCACUGAAAAAGGCCAUAACUGUUAUAUGAUUUCAAGCUGUUUUCAUGAACUAUGUAGCAUUUUUGCCAUUGUAGCAUUCAAUGUGAAAAAGCCACUGAGCCGUACUGUUUUGAUUUUCAUUUGUAACGGGAGUCGUAAUGAUAACACUGUCUGUAUUUGAAAACACAAGCUGUUGCAUUUUCAUGCCAAGAGUGUCAUCGGUUACAUUUUUAAUGCUUAUUUUGUAUCAUUGGACAUUUCUGGAUAUCAUGGUUUGCAUUUGCAUACAUAAUUUUUUGGUUCCAUGUUUGUAAAUGUUUUAGGCAUUUGAAAUGUAAAUAUGUGACAUAAGGAUAAAAAAAAUCAAAUUUAAUAAACAUUUUCUACAAUUUAA